UGUUUAUCCAGUUACCAUAUUAUAAUUACUAUUAUUUUGCGAGCUAUUAAUUAUUCUCACUUGUAGAAAAUUUAAUAACAACGAUGGCUUCCCAAAAACGUCAAGGAAGGCGAAAAAGUAUUCAAAACAGUGACCCGGGCAAGAUCUUGGACUUGGUGAUGAGUCUUACCGACGACACAUGUACUCAAUUACAGAUAAAAAUCAAUUCGUAUCUGUGUGAAGAGUGCGAAGCGGAGGUGGUGCUGCUGAUUGUGGUGCACAACCCUGGCAUGGAGGCUUCCAUAGAAGCUGUCAACAAUGUUGCCCUGCCGCGGAAACUCAGAAUAGGUAUGACGCCCAAGCUAAUAGACGUACUCAAAUCCUCAACCGAACAAACAGAUCUGUUGUGCAACUUUGGUCAUGAUUUUCAGUCAAUCGUAGAACCGUACCUCACGACUGAGAAUAUGAUGAAAAAGCGCGUCGUGAUGUUUCCUGUUGUGGAUAAGCCCUUCUCCGUGGUGGUUUGCCUUGUCUCUCCCAAGAUCUUAGAGGAGCACGUAGCUUUGCUGACACAGGAGAGCUUUAUAUUUACGUGGCCGGUCCUCAACAAGACUCUCGCUUUGGAGUAUGAGCGUACCCUGAAGCAGAAAUGUCAGCAGUUGCUGCGAGUGGCUCGGCGCUUGUUCACCAAAGUGGCGUCGUUGGAGACGCUACUGCAGCUAGUGAUGGAACAAGCCAAGCAGCUGAACAAGGCAGAGUACUGCACCAUCAUGCUCAUAGACAUUGAGCAUAUGGAGCUCGUGGAGAGGUGUUCAGCUAACUUUACAUCUGGGGAUGGGCUGGAGAAACUUCGACGGUUUCCAAUGAACGUUGGAAUCACAGGAGAGGUUAUAAAGACUGGACAAUUGAUUAAUUGCAAAAAUGCCAAGAACCAUACCCUGUUCCAUCCAGACAUAGACUGUUACCCUGGAGUCGAGUGCAAGGCAAUUCUUGCGUUUCCAAUUCGCGAACAGACUGGCAUAAUAGGCGUGGGACAAUUGAUUAACAAGAUUGGUGAUCCAUACUUUGACUCCAUGGACGAGGAGAUGGCGCUAGCGUUCAGCAUUUACUGUGGCGUCUGUAUCACACACUCAGUUGUAUAUCAGAAGAUCCAAGAAGCUCAUAUACGAAAUGCACUUGCCAAUGAACUGGUUAUGUACCAUAUGAAAGUUAGUGACACAGAACUGGCUCGUAUCAUCGGGUGCACCGGCUUCCACAACCACCCCCACCUCACCAGCCUUCACUUCAACAUGCGUGCGCUGCCACACAGAGAGCUGCCUUGCUACGUAUUGAAGAUGUUUAUUGACCUAGGCUUCGAUCAAAGGUUCAAGUUGAAUAAACACAAAGUGGGUCGCUUUAUCCUGCACGUGAAGAAAGGAUACCGAGACGUUCCAUACCAUAGCUGGCUGCACGCGUUCAACGUCGCGCAGUGGGCAUACGCUGCCUUGGUGAACCUCAAACUAGUGCAGCAAGGAUACAUGACUGAGCUUCAGAGCUUCGUGUAUUUUAUAGCCAGUCUCGUUCACGAUAUGGAUCACCGCGGGACCACUAACAGCUUUCAGAUACAGGGGAAGACAACUCUAGCUGCCUUGUACUCGAGUGAGGGCAGCGUGAUGGAGAGACACCAUUUGGCUCAAGCAAUGUGCGUCCUGAAUACCGAGGGCUGUGACAUUCUAGAGUCUUUGCCCAGGAGAGAUUACGACAGAGCCAUCAUGCUGUUGCGCGACUACGUAUUGGCCACGGAUCUUGCUAAUUAUACCAAGAAUUUGAACGACUUUCGCGCCGUAUCGCUGGACUUCCAGAAGGGAAAUCGCGUUCAUCAGAGCUACUUGCAUGCGAUGCUCAUGAACGCAGCAGAUCUAAGCGACCAGCUUAAGGACUGGGCCAGCGUCAAGAAGACUGCGUCGGCAGUUUUGAGCGAAUUCUUCAAACAAGGUGAUGUUGAGAAGAGUCGAGGAGAUCUGCCACUUAUCCAAAUGGAUAGAGAAAAGUGUUUCAUACCACUCCUUGAAAUCGAGUUCUUAAAUACAAUCUGCAUUCCUUUGUACGAUACAAUUGGACACAUACUACCGAAGAUGGCGCCGUGCGUACGGGUAUUAGAAAACCAUGUGGAACGAUGGGAUGCCGCCACUCAGAUUUUCGCCGAGGUGCCGCUAACUGCGGGUUUAACAAUCUUGCUGAGCCCAGAACUAGACGAGUUGAUAGAGAAGAACCUCAAAGAGAAGGAGAGGCAGAAACAAGAAGCCGAAGAGGAGAGUGCUCAAGCAAACAGUUGACGAUUGCUUUUGGAAGGAGCACACGGCCAAACCUGUUUUCAGGGCAAUUUAGUGUGUCCUCUGCUAAAUCGGUUUAUCUUCUGCGUGUCCGUUCAUACUUGAUUAACGUAGAAUAAUAUAUAGAUUUAUAUAUAGGCCAACGAGACGGGAUAAAUAAUGUAAACAAAAGUUUCAGGCCUUCAAAACAUUUUUAUUUCAACUAGCUGACCCGGAAACGUUGUUUUGCCAUAUAAAUUAUUUUUAGUGUUGGACCGUUUCUUGGACAUUGGAACAUUAUUUUUCUAAAAUAAAUAAGUUAUUACAUCAGCUACCUGCCAAUAAAAGUCCCGUCAAAAUGGGUCCAACCAUUGCAGAGAUUAGCCGGAACAAAUAUAUAUAUAUAUAUUUAGUAUAUACAUGUAGUAAAAAAUGGUUAUUUCAAUAUUAAAAACAGACAAUCCAGUUUUAUUUAUAUGUAAAGAUUAAUUGAAUACAAAUUUUGAAUUCCCUAUUCUAAUCUCCGUCGUCUGUAUUAGACAAAGAUGAUUCUUCGGAGU